AUGUGUUCCGCUGUCCCUCAGCAAGUGAUUUCUGAUACCCAGCGAAAAGAUGCUUUCUAUCGGUCCUUAGAAUUGUCUCUGGAUGAAGAUGACACAAGUAUCCGCCAGAAGUACCGACCAUUCAUUCUUAGCGGGGAUGCCACUAAGGACUGGAUCAACAACUUAGAGUUGUCCACGGUUCUAGAUAUGGCCGAGCAUAACAUACGGGAUACAAAUGAGAGACUGAAAGUUCUUGUGCUUUAUGGCAGUCUUCGGAGAAGGUCAUAUUCACGGCUCGUGGCAUUUGAAGCCUCCCGUAUCCUGUUCCGACUCGGCUGUGAUGUACGUGUUUUUGACCCUGAAGGUCUUCCUGUCAAAAACGAGAACGAUACAAGCCACCCGAAAGUACAGGAACUCCGAGAACUCAGUCGUUGGAGCGAUGGUCAUGUCUGGGUCUCGCCCGAACAACACGGCAAUCUGACCGCUGUUUUCAAGAACCAGAUUGAUUGGAUUCCUUUGACUACAGGAAGUGUUCGUCCCACACAGGGCCGAACGCUAGCCAUUGCCCAAGUUUGUGGUGGAUCCCAAUCAUUCAAUGCCGUCAACUCUCUGCGGAUCCUUGGUCGGUGGAUGCGCAUGUUUACUAUCCCGAAUCAAUCCUCGAUCCCCAGAGCGUACACACAAUUUCCGGAUGAAGGUCAACCAGAAGAUCAACGACUCAUGCCUAGUGGUAACAGAGAUCGCCUGGUGGAUUGCAUGGAGGAAUUUGUCAAAUACACGAUUUUGAUGCGCCCUCAUAUCGGGCUUUUUGGCGAUCGCUUUAGCGAACGUGAAGAGAAGAGAUUAAAGGAGGCGAAAAUGAGCGCCGGCAUAUGA